AUGAAAGAGUCCUCAGGCCUUCACUUUAUUGAGAAAUCGGACGAUCUCUUUCGCUACACCUCAGGUCGAUGGCUCGUUGACGAAAAGGCCCAACAGCAAAUGCGUUAUGUGAAAUUUAAUCUGGAUAAUCUUUGUCACCUAGCGGCUGCACAUUUCAGUGACGCAACAAAGUGUAUUCGCGUCGUCAAACUGGAAGGAAACUUCAACAAAGCACUAGUCCUUACCAUGAACGAUGGCAACGAGGUCAUAGCAAAGCUUCCUUGUCCAAACGCCGGUCCCCAAUCGUUGACCACUGCCUCUGAAGUUGCUACUCUGAAAUUCUUGCAGUCAAAAACGUCUAUUCGGGUUCCGAGGGUUUUUGCAUGGAACUCAGAUGCUGCCAAUCCAGUGGGCGCGGAAUAUAUCAUAAUGGAAAAGAUUAGUGGGGUUGCCUUGGCAGAGACAUGGGCGACAAUGAACACCUUGGAGCGCUACAAAUAA